UCGUUCGAGAAUUUUAUGCAAUCAACCAAUUUUAAAAAUCAGAAACAAUAUUUACCAAAGAAUGUCAUUUCGUUUUAGUCUGCUUUGCAUCAGGGUUGUUUUCGUUACUUUUCGUCUGAGUGCGAAAAAGCACUUCUCAACAGAGGCAGAUUUUUUCUUCUUCUUACGUAUGUUCUCGUAUGCUUCUCUUAUUGAACUUGUUCCAGUGGAAACCUCUUUCAAGCCCCUCAAGCUCUUCUCUUUUGGGUAAAUCACACAUACGCACCACCAUAUGUCCCAUUGCCGAUUCAAACAUGUAACCUUCCAUUUGGAGAAGAGGAGACACCACUAGGGCUAAGCUCUUGGUGAUCCAACACAAUAAAUUAUUGUCCCUACUCCCUACAGGAAGUGAUAAAGUCAGUAACAUGGAAGCGUAGCCAAGAUUUUGGACAAUAGUGUACUUCAUUCUUAAAUUGGAGGCAAUUUUUUUGUUUAUUGUUUGUAUUAAACACUUUGUUUUCAAGUACCAUUCUGAAUCGGACAGAUUAGUUCUCCUUACCACUGUGCUUGAUUGUUGCCAUAUCAAAUAGACCCAGUUGUUCAGGUGGAAGGUAUAUGGCUAUAUGAGGUUCAAGAAUCGUCAUUGUAAAUGGACUAUAUGAAAUAAUGUAUCACCCUAUUGAGCAUAUACCUAAGAAAUGCUGUUCCCAUUUUUACUGGUGCUAUAAAGGAAGACUGAGGAGCUGAGGACAUCAAAGUUCAUUAUUUUUGGACACAUGGAUCAGAGACUCGUAACAGAUGUCAAGGAGAGUGAGAAUGGAAAAUAUACUCUCAUUAAAGAUGUGGAGGAUAACCAAUUAGGAAUGUUUGACAAACCACUACGUUGCUUUGGCUGUGGAAUAGGAUGGUUUUCUCUUCUGCUUGGAUUUGUAUUCCCAUUGAUGUGGUACUAUGGCACAAUUCUUUACUUUGGGAGCUACUACCACAAGGAUCCUAGGGAACGAGCAGGACUUGCUGCUAACGCGAUAGCUGCUUUAAUAUUUACAAUAGCAGUGCUGAUCACAAUAGCUGUCAUUCUGUUCUAGUCGUAGGUGCUACAAUUCCGCCCUUGUUCCUCCUACCUCUUACGCAAACUUCCUCAUACAGAAGUCCGAGCAGAUCACUUUGUGCAUAAAACCGCUGCCCUUUGAUCUUGUUGGGGCACAAUUGUAGAACGAUGGUGUCGCAGACGUAUGCGUGUUCUUGGGCUCCGCUUUAAUCUUGUGCAUAUUACAGACUGUGUAUUAUAGAACUUGUGAUUCCCAUUCGUUGGGGUCUCUGUGUAUCUGUAAUUUAUAUGUGAAAUUGUAGAGAUAUUGCUUCACUCAGUAAUGAAAUCCUAGAUCAUUUCAUUUUCA